UGAACGAGCUCGACUGACGGAAGGAAAGAUCUUGUAGUAUUAUUAUGAUCGAAUAUGAUGAUGCUUGUUCUCACUACCUACUGCUGAUCAUGUGCAUUACCUCCUGAUGCUCGUGUGCACUACCUACUGCUGCUCGUGUGCACUACCUACUGCUGCUCGUGUGCUUGUUGCAACCGUGACAUGGCGACAAUUUGAUAUUGAUGAUGCUGACAUUAACACAGAACAACUUGCUAAGAGACGAAACUCACAGCUUCCGCCGUCUCAUCCUCCCAGCCGGCGAACCCACAUUGCUGUUCCACGUAUAAUCGGUAGAACCCCCGUCCAGAUGCCCCUACCCGCGGUAUCGCUCUCCAUCAGCAGGGCAUCUGCUAGCAUGCCUCCCUUUCUGAAAAGGGACCGAUGCCUCCGCGCCUCCUUCACUCAAGAUCCCAGCACGGCUCUUGUUUCAUGGAAACGCAAUUGAAUCUGAAAAUGACUUCUCACUACCUACAUAAAACUGCUCACGUAGCUCGUAGAUCUUUGACAUUACAAAUAUCGUGACAUUGAUGAUAUUGACUCAUUACGACGUGA